GGUGACAGCCGAAGUGAACCGCUCCCCCAGCAGCAGUGAGUAAACUGGACCAAACGAAGACGUUACCAGACAGGUCGAUGGAAACACAGUUGUAACGUUCACGGUUCACGGGAGGCACGUUUUACAACUUUGAUCCGACUGACAAACGCUAGUCGGUUGUUCCGGGCGCUGGUUCAAGACAUGUUAUCGCUGGUGGAAAACUGAGUGUACACUGUUGCUUCGAGUUUAGCAUAGGUAACGUUAACGUUAGCUGGGUAAUCUCGGUGUUUACGGUGACAUCGAGUAACCCAUUGCAAUAGUCUGUCACGUUAUCGACAAAACGCCAGCUGGUCGGGUGUUUAGGAAAGAUGGGUGACAUAAACCCAUCGACAUCCCAUGCAUUUCAGUCGGAGGGAUUCAGUCCGCCGUACAGGAGGAGGAGGACAGUAGAGGAUUUUAACAAGUUUUGCACUUUUGUCUUGGCCUAUGCCGGUUACAUCCCAUACCCCCAAGAGGACUCUCCACUGCGCAGUAGUUCCAGCCCACCCAACAGUACAGGCAGCACAGCUGACAGUGAUGGCUGGACCCCAGGACCCCACGCCUCCUGCCCCCAGCGCCCUCCCAAGGUCCCCCAGGACAGGAGCAGGAAACGUCCGCAGCCAGGAGCCACACUUUCUAGUCACAUCAAGAAAGAUCACACAAUCACUACCCUGCACCCAGAUGACCGCAGGAAAGCUGACAAGCUGAAGAAGAAGAAGAGGAGAAAGGAGAGGGAGCAUCAGGCUGGCGAAGAAAGUGGGGCUCAGCAGGCCCGCUCGUCAAUCCCAGAGCUACAGUACCCUGUCUCAUUUGGUGGUCGAGUGAUCAAAGAAGAGCCUGAAGAUGAUAUCAGCAUUCCCCUCCACCCCCAGCGGCUGCCUAGCCCUUCUCCCUGCAAGGAGGAGCCCAAGGAGGAGCGUCGAUACUGGGAUGGUCGAGACCUCGAGGAAGGGGUGGUAAAGGUACAGAAGGUGGAGGGCUUUUCAGGAAACAGAACAGUGUUCCGCCAGGGGAAGCAGGUGGUGUUCAGAGACGAAGAUGGAUCGGGAGAGGAUGAGGACAUCAUGGUAGACUCAGAUGACGACUCGUGGGACCUGGUCACAUGUUUCUGCAUGAAGCCUUUUGCGGGCCGGGCCAUGAUUGAGUGUAACAAGUGUAACACCUGGAUCCACCUGUCGUGCGCUAAGAUCCGCAAGAGCCAUGUGCCAGAGACAUAUGUGUGCCAGAGCUGCCGAGAGACACAUGGAGCCCCAGACGCCCGCCGCUCCCACCGCUCACGUGUAGGCCCACGCAAACACCUGCUAGACUGACCCUAAGGUGAACCCUGAACUCUAACCCCUUCUCCUCCUGCUUCUCCUCCACCUGCUGGACUGACCUUUCCUCACUAUUGGGUCUUGGCCCCUUCAGUCUCUGUCCCUCAUGGUCAGCCAUGAACCUACAUUUUCUAAAAACACUUUGGUGGACCUAUCCCAAGCCCUUAUUCCAUUUGAAAACGGUUUGAGUGCUAUUUUAGAUUUACUAAGGUUUGUUUCUGCUUCCCUACAGACUCUGUGCGUAAGGCAAUCACUGAAUGGAUGUCUUGUCUGUAGAUGACAUUAGCAUAGCAGCAAACCGCUACUGUUGGGACUUGGUGUCUUGUGAACACUGGAAACAUUUGAACUGCCAUAUAGAGAGAAUACCCUCACAACUGCCACCCACUAUGGUGCAUGCUGGGAUUUGUGGGAAAGACUGUUUGCACUUUUUCUCACUUUUUUCUUAGUUUUAAACCCAUCUGACCUUUUUGUCAUAGGGACAGGUAUGUCAUUCUGAUUAAACUGGAUUUGAUUUCUCUAAGAUGCCUCUUAAUGUUACAUAACUAGCCGUUCAAACAACCAGAAAAUAAGUUAAGCCUUGUGUUAAUUGCUUCAGAUGGUGCUAUAGUAUUAAGCUGAGGUAUAAUCCAAUAGAACAAAGAUGUAGGAUAAGAGACUAGAGUCUGCAUCUGCUUCAUCUGUCUGUCAUUCUGUUUUGUUAUUUAAGACACUGUGAAAGAAUAUCAUCAAGGCUUUAGGCCCAGAAAACUGAACCAAGCACUUGUUCCUCUCCCUCCUACUUCACAAGCUGUCUUCCAGCCUCGGCUACUCGUCUGAAAUAAGAUUUUACAAGAUGCCGCACAUGGAGCUUUCACAUGCUAUGUUUCUCAAAAAUCUUCAAAUAGUGUCCACCAGAAGUUCUUUCACAAUAAAUAAUUUGUUAUUUUACAGUUAAAAAAGAAAAAUCCAGAUAAUUGACAAGACUCAAAUAACUCAGCUGUUUUCAGUAAAGGUGUUUUCUGCUGCCUGUGGUCAGGAUAUUUCAGCAUUUCAUGACAGGUUUGGAGAAUUGUGUUGGUCAUGAAUACUUUUAUUUUACAAACCAUUAUUUAAAGCUUCCUUAGUUUUCAGCUGUUUCACGCUCAAGACAAAGUUUUCAGAGACAAAUAUAUUUAUAGAAGGGAACUCCUGUGGCCGUCCAGUUAAAGAAUCAACAGGAAAAAAAAGUUAUCGUGACUGGAAUAGUGUUGUUAGAGAGAUUCUCUCAAGAGUCCAGUUGAAAUUAUGCAUGUGAGUGUGUGUUUGUUUGAAUGGUUAACACUGUGUGAGGGUAUUGCAUGUGCUGCUAUGAGCUGUCUCUAAGCUCCAUGGUUUUUGGUCUUUUGUAAGAUGGAGAAAUGGAUAUCUGCAAAGUACCGUGGGCAGGGUCGGUUUGUUUUGUUUGCUUCUGAAGGGUCAGAUCAGAAGAACAGACCUCAGUCUCUUAUCACCUCUCGCUAACAUUUUCACAGCAGUAUUCAGUUACGUCCAUAUGCAGCAGGUUUAAUGGAAUUUUUUUUUUUAAGACACUUUUUUCUUAAAACUUGCUGCAAUUUGGAUGAAAGAUUUUAAGCUUUGUUAUUCAUGUGCCAUCUGCUGUUGGGCCUGUUUGUGUAGGCUACAAGUUGUUUCUGAUUAUACAAAAGCCAUACUGUAGAGUGACAGAUUUUAGACUCAGAGCCUUGGAUAUUAGUCCAGGAUGCGGUUUUACAAUGCAGAAUCAAGGACUUGACCAGGGAACGACUAACACACACAAUGAAUGUUUGGUUUGUAAAGAACAAAAGACUUUCCAAGAGUUUAAAGUGGUUAAGCUCAUCUCUGCACUCUUUGUCUUCUGGUAUUUACAAAUGUCGGUUAACUGGUUCGUACCCAGAAAUCACACCCAGGUCACAAUGUUUUUAAGACAUUUUAAGACCUAAAAUAAUUUGCUGUUUCUCAGGACGUUCACGUCUUGAAGAGAACCUGAAGACACCUUCAGGCACAAAUUCCUAACGUCAGUCUGCGUCUUAAAGACAUCAGUGUAAUUAAUGCUCAUUGUGAUACAGCUCGUUUAUUCGGAUCCUGGGUUGUCCUAUCCCCUUAUUGAGAAAGCGUUGUCUGUACUGUGGUGCAAACUGUUUCUGUGAAACUAUUGUAAACUAUUGUAAAUAAAGAGUUACCAUUU